CUGUUCCGUAUUUGACUAGUGCACUAUAGUCAAUUCGACAUGGCCGUCUUCAUGAUUAACAUCUGUAAAUUCAAUGGCUGUGGCAUAACUUUUCCUCGUCUGGCGGACCUAAUCGAGCACAUCGAAGAUGUCCACAUCGAUUACGAUCCCGCGGUCGUCGAGCAAAAAGAGGCUUCGCAGCCAGCAUGCAUUCCACUUAGUUAUGUUUUAAAAUUUUUCACGGAAGCGUCCAGGCGGGAGAUUCAAAUGCCCCCGGCGGGCGAGGUCCGCAAGCGCCUGCUGUCUGCGCCGAAAACCCCAUCAGUGCGCAGCAGUACACCAACAGGCAGCGAAAUGGACGACGAGGAAGUGAUGAGCCCGUCUGAAGACAGCAACGAUUCGUGGACGAACGUUGAGGAAUACAGCUCUGAAUUCAUUUUACAGUAUGGUGUCAAAAUGAACGCCAGUGCCACCUCCGGUGCUUUAGGGCCGGCCGCACAAGAGAAGCCCUUUGCUUGCCCCGUGCCUGGAUGCAAGAAACGUUAUAAGAAUGUCAACGGUAUCAAAUAUCACUCCAAAAAUGGCCAUAAGAAGGAUGGGAAGGUAAGAAAGGCCUACAAAUGCCACUGCGGCAAAAGCUACAAAACGGCCCAAGGGCUUAAGAGCCACUCGCUCACGCAGCACGUCAGCCAGCCCUCGACCUCCGCGGUGACCACCAGCGAGCGAGUCCACGUGAAAAUGCCAGGCUUAGUCGUAACCGCCUCCCCAGCCCAACGACAACUCAACAUCAUAGACAGCAUCGACACAAACAAAUUAGUCAGAAUCUACGACAGCAUCAAAACAAAAGAUCUCCCUUCCUUCACUAUCCCGAAACACAAUCUCACAAACUUGAACAUAAUCAGUGCUAAUCAGAACCAACUGCGGCACUCAGUCCUCCUCACCCCGAACUCGACGCCCGGCUCGAGCCCGAUGGACAAAAUGAAGUUUGACAGAUCGCCCAAAGUGACAGUGACGUCACAAGACUCCGCUUACGUCACCGACAUGUCGAACGUCACCAACGAACGCAGGGGUUGAACGAUUCCGCAACGUCGUUAACGCGCAGUUCCUA